UUAGAAAACAAACCAGUAAAUGGCCGCAGACCAGAACUCAUGGAAUGCAGUAUAUGUGGUCAUGGUGAAAAAUACAGGGUGAAACCAAACCAAACAGUACCCAUUGAAAAUGUGCAGUCUAAAGAGAAAGAAAGAAUGACAGGCUUAGAAGCAGAGAAGUGGUCACAUAACGAGAAGUCAUCUUUUGGUGUCCAUAUCAACGGAGAUAUCCAUGGAACUGUGACAGGCAAAGAACACUUGAAAAACACUGAAGACGGUGAAAGAGCGGUCUCUCCCAGUCAGUUAGCUGAGCCAAAAAAAUCAUUUGCACAGACCGUCAAAAAUGGCAUAAAAACCCUACAUUAUUCACCACCGGAAGCAGUUGCUUCACUGAAAAAAGUAUCCAUAGAGGAAAGGACAGAUUUAAGAAGCCACUCCCAUAUGCAAUGGACGAAGAGUACCAAUCUGAGUAACGUAGUAAACACUCUGUCAACUGGUGUUGGCUGUGUUCACCCUGAAAAGCAAGGAAAUGUUUUAAUGAAAGAGGAAAACUGCACUUGUAACAUCUUCGAGGAUUCUGAUGAGUCAGUUUUGCAGACAAGUUCUAUUUUGAAUCUGCAAGAAAGCUUGUGUUGUCCUCCUGAAGAGGAAGUGCCUGUAGGGAAGGAUGGCUUUAAAGUACCUGACACAGAGACACAGCAUGAGGAUUCUUCUCUCCAGCCGACUUUCUUGUCCCUGAUUAAAAACAGAAAUUUGACUGUAGAGCAGGUUGUAGCUAUCGAAGCUUUAACACAGUUAUCCGAAGCCCCUCUAGAAACAACUUCACCAGCUAAAACUGAAAGUACCGAAUGUAUGGAAGAAGCAACUUCCAGCUUGCUCCAUAGUUACAAAAGAGAGAUCUCAUCCUCCUUCACAUCAUCUGCAUUAAAAGAAAUCAAAGACACUUACUUACAGAAUGAGCAAACGCUUCUGGCUCACUGCGCUCACUCGCAGAAGUGGCUCCCUAAUAAGGCAGUGUUAUACAAUGGCCAAAGUUCAGUUUCUGAGUCGCGUGAUAAACCUGCCAAUCUUGCUGGUGAGAUGUAUAAAUUACAGUUAUCCUCAAGAGAUACCAAAACUUUAUCUGACUUAACAUCUAAUGCAAAAUCAUUUUCAGGAUAUACUACCAAGAAGAAUUAUACUCGUGAUCCAGUCACCCUUGCACGGUAUUGCAAUGCUUCACAUAAUGUCCAGCAAAGCAGUAACAAUUUAGAAACUCUCGGCCAGGUAGAGCAAAAGCCAACCUGUAAUGAUUUGAACUUGGAAACUAGUUCUUUGAUUAAAGAAGGAGGAAUUCACAGCCAGGAUGAAGAGGAUGUAGCUACACAACUAACUCAACUUGCAGCACUAAUUGAAUCAAACCAGACAAAUCCAGAGCAGAAGAAUGACAUAAAGGCAUCACUGCUUAAUCUGAUAUCACACGAGAGGCAGCCAAAAUACAGCCAAGAUGUGCUGCAGAAGAAAGAAUCUGUAUUUUUUAGGCAUAAUUACAGUUCCUUACUGUUAAAGCAAAAACAACCAACAAAUAAAAAAGGAAAUGCUGUACCAUGGAAACCAAGACACAAAAAGAAGCCUCAAGAAGCACGCUAUCAACAAAAUAAUCAAAACCAGCUAGAGGUGUUGUCAUGCCAGCAUAGCGAGUUACAGGACAUUUGGAUAUCAUCAAAACUGCACAAGCUUGGUCAAACCAUGCCACAGGACUCCAGAAUAGCUCAGUCUGAAAAAAAAUCUCCAAGAACCAAAGUACAGAGAGCACUGAAUCAAAAUACUUUAGCAUCACAAGAAAAAACUAGAUUAUUUCUCCCACAAACGCAGAUAAAAUUCCAUAGAUGUUUACCUGAGGUACCGCAAGAGAAAAAAAAAGACAGGUUGUUUGGUUGUGAGGUGGUGAAUGAGCAAAUCAAAACUGCAGGCUCCGGUGACCCACUAGGCAUUGAUCUACUGAAAAAUGAAGUUGUUGCACGUAACCAACAUAGCAACCUGUCCUCUCGUAAUCCUCUGGCUGUUUCACAGUUGAAAACAGCAUCCUUAUUGAACAGACCAAGUGAAAACCUACAGAUGUUUACAGAAAAAUGUAAUUCUCAGGUACAGCAAACAGCGAAUGUCAGUCAGAUGCAUCGUUUGCCUCAAACUUUUAAUCAGUCUAACCUGAGAGCUAGCGAAAUACGUAGUGAAGACAAAGCCUAUAUUCAGCAGGGUGCUGUCGAACAACAAGUAGUGCCGAAGUCGCAGGUGCUGCCUGUUCCCUGUGGUGGGGCCCAGGUACCAGGUGCUGUUGAAGCUCUCAGGAACAUGGAGUGCGCGGGCGAAGUAACCGUUCUGACAUCAACCAGUUUGGGUACUGACCACCCCCAGAGCACAGGUGACUCAGGAUGUUCUCCAGCAAAAAACACGCUCAGCAGUUUCCUUGAAUCACCUAUGAAGUUUCUUGAUACCCCUACAAAAAAUUUAAUAGAUACACCUACAAAAAAAGGACAGUCUGAAUUGCCAACUUGUGACUGUGUUGAGCAAAUUAUAGAGAAAGAUGAAGGCCCAUAUUACACACACCUCGGGACAGGACCAAGUGUUGCUGCUGUGAGAGAAAUAAUGGAGAACAGGUAUGGAGCAAAAGGAAGCGCUGUAAGAAUAGAGGUAGUGGUUUAUACAGGGAAGGAAGGAAAAAGCUCUCAGGGGUGUCCGAUUGCCAAGUGGGUGAUACGAAGAAGUAGCGAUGAGGAAAAGUUGCUGUGCUUGGUACGUCAGCGUGCAGGACACCACUGUCAAACCGCUGUCAUCGUGAUUCUCAUACUGGCCUGGGAAGGGAUCCCUCAUCUCCUGGCUGAUACGCUGUACAAAGAACUGACUCAGAGUCUCAGAAAAUACGGCUGUCCCACCAGACGUAGAUGUGCGUUGAACGAAGAUCGUACUUGUGCAUGUCAAGGACUUGAUCCAGAAACUUGUGGAGCAUCAUUCUCAUUUGGCUGUUCAUGGAGUAUGUAUUUCAAUGGCUGUAAAUUUGCCAGAAGCAAAAACCCCAGGAAGUUUAGGCUUCUCACUGAUGACCCUAAACAAGAGGAACUUCUUGAAAAUAAUUUGCAAACUUUAGCUACUGACGUGGCUCCAGUUUAUAAAAAGCUUGCUCCUGAAGCCUUCCAGAACCAGGUGGAAAAUGAGCACAUGGGCCCAGACUGUCGGCUUGGAUCCAAGGAUGGUAGGCCUUUCUCGGGGGUAACAGCGUGCAUAGAUUUCUGUGCCCAUGCCCAUAAGGACACGCAUAACAUGCACAAUGGAAGCACUGUGGUCUGUACAUUAACGAAGGAAGAUAACCGGAGAGUGGGUGUGAUUCCAAGUGAUGAACAGCUCCAUGUGUUACCUCUUUACAAAAUCUCACAAACAGAUGAAUUUGGCACUGAAGAGGGACUGGAAGCGAAGAUAAAAGCCGGAGCCAUACAGGUGCUCACAGCUUUUCCCAGAGAAGUACGAAUGUUAGCUGAGCCUCUCAGAGCUACAAAGAAAAAGAAACCAGACACAAGGAGGACCCCGGCUGAAAAGCAGACGUUAAUAGAUAAAAAAUACUCAACACCAGUAAAGCUGAAAACUGAAACCCCGGAAAAUCUUGGCAACACUUUGCAUUGUUUAGGGAACAAAACAGAGGCUUUAAAACCUGGAAUAAAAAUGGAGACUUCCGAUCACCUCUAUGCCAUGAAACAUACUUCAAACACUACUAAAAAUUGCUCUUUAUUGAAACAGUACACGGCUUCCUCCCCUUUCAAGGUGGAUAGUUUACAUCCUUAUUCAUCUUUAGCACAUAAGCCUGGCAUAACAGCAGUGACUAAUAUUCAACAAGAUUUUUCAGUUCCCUACGGGUAUUUUGAAUGCAGUAGUAAGCAACCUCACGUGACACCGUAUGUUAAUUGUAAGAACUUUGAUGUGUCGGUCAAAGAUUAUACUGGAAUUUUGCUGAAUGAUAAGAUGAAUGGUGUGCCACCGAUUCUUCCAGAGGUCACUGCUCCAGGCCCCCCAGCCCAUAAAGACCCCCUGCCGACUAUACUUGAACAUCAGCCAGACAAACAGAAUUGUCAGCUGCAGUUAGACAGUUCUCCCUCUUCACAGAUGAUCAGCUCUUGUGACUUGUCAGUACCGCUAAGCUCUCCGGCAAAGGAUGCAGUCGGAAACGAAGCUGACUGUUCCCAUGGAUGCCCAACGGAAGAGGGCAUCUCCCAACGAGAACAGACGUGUGAUUUUGACUGUGCUGAUGAAAAGCAAAACAGUGCACUGGGACAACCGACUGAUUCUGAAGAAAAAGCUGAGGAAAUGUGGUCAGACAGCGAGCACAAUUUUUUGGAUGAUGACAUCGGCGGGGUUGCUGUGGCACCUUCUCAUGGUUCUAUCUUAAUUGAAUGUGCAAGACGUGAACUCCAUGCUACCACGCCUAUUAAAAAACCCAACCGCAAUCAUCCCACGAGAAUUUCUUUAGUUUUCUACCAACACAAAAAUUUAAAUGAGCCAAAACAUGGUUUAGCCAUGUGGGAAGCAAAGAUGGCUGAGAGGGCAAAAGAAAAAGAAAAAGAAGCAGAAAGAUUAGGAACAGAGAACACCGAACUAAAUUCUAGCAGCAGGAAAACAAAGCAAACAAGUGAAAACAGAGAUAUUUUUUAUGAAGACAAUGAGUUCAACCAAAUUCCAUCACGCAGAGCAUUAACAGUAACUAAGGAUAACGUAAUAACAGUAUCUUCUUAUGCCCUUACACGCGUUGCAGGGCCUUACAACCAUUGGGCAUAG